CAUUCUUUAAAAUUAAUUUUUUUUUGAUACAAGAUAAGAAAUUUCAAAUCUUUCCUAUCAGAUAAAAAUUCAUCUUUAUAAUAAUAUCACUCGUUUGACGUAUUUUGCACUUUUACAAUUUUAGUUACGCUUGAUAGAUUAGCGUAUUGUUUAAUAACGACAGGUUUAUCACAUCAGAUUGUUUAAAGCAGUCCCCCCCAGCGAUGUAAUCAAUAUUGUUUCUUAAAAAUGAAAACCAGUAACCGUUGCUUUCAAUUCGGUGGUGUUCUAACGAAACUAAUCCCUUAUUUUAUCGCCGUUGUGAUUUAUUUCACUGAUUUUAUUCCAAUAGAAAGUGAUAUUGUAGGAAUUGUUAUAAAAUGUUUACCUAUUUGGUGUCUAAUAAUUUUCGUUGGUCUUCACACAAUUAACUAUGAAAAAGAGUACAAAUGGUUCUGUUACAUGGUAAUGUUUGGUUUAUUAUUUGGUUCGCUCGGUGAUGCGCUUUUAUAUAUUGGUAAUUUCAUAGAAGGAGCUGCAUCUUUUGCAGUUGGACACAUUUUCUAUAUCACCGCUUAUGGGUGGAAUCCGAGAGCGUGGAUUUUUGGUGUAAUUUGUUAUGCUUUGAUAAUCGGAUUAUCAAUUUAUAUAAUACCAUAUUUAGAUGGUUUCUUAAUCGUUGGUUUACCACUUUAUGGAGCUAUAAUAGUUACAAUGUUAUGGAGAGCUAGCGCUAGGAUUUAUCUGAAAAAAGAUUGGACCAUAACGAAAUGGUUUGUCGUUUUUUGUGCUAUUAAUUUCGUUGUUUCAGAUGCUUUUAUUGGAAUUGACAUGUUUGUUACUGAUAUUCCUAACAGUCACUAUAUUAUCAUGUCAACUUAUUAUGUUGCCCAACUUGGAAUGGCUAUCAGCGUUUUAGAUCCAAGGAUACCAGAAAAACAUAAAGAUAUUGGUAAAUGCACGAUUUUUUAUUGUUAGAAAUAUGAAGUAAUAAAAAAUACAAAUAAAAUAA